AUGGAGCUGAACCGCAGGAAGGGCGGCUCAUCCCUAGACCGAGUGCCAGAUGAGAUCAUCGGCCAUCUUCUCUACUACAUCUCGCCUUACGACCUCGCCAACGUCCAGCUGGUGUCACAUCGCUUCUAUCGCCUCGCCAAUUCAGCCCUUCUCUGGAGACACCACUGCCGCAGCUCUUUUCAUUUCUGGCACCCACGGCACAGGUUUCACGAAAAGACGGCGGCGCUGGCCCAGGAGACGAACUGGAAAGAUCUCUUCAUCUACAGGAACGCUCGGAACCGACAGGUAGCCCACUUGCUGAAUGAUAUCAUCCGGACCAAGGUCAACCGCGUCAGAGGCUUUGAGAUCAUAGGGCAGAUUGGGUACGACGCCAAGGACUUUCUGCUGGGGCAGUGCCAAACGCCCCCCUCUGCCGAAGAUGGCUUGGCUAGGAGAUAUUAUAGCAAUGCGCUCUUGGACACCAUCCACAAGCACAUCGCCAUUCACGAAUGGCAUUCGCUCAUGCAGUCUGCCCAGCCCUCUAGCAUACGGCAAGCAAGCGAACAGCUCGAAAGAGCCCUCGGCGCGUUUGACCUUUUUGUGCUGCAUGAUCAGCCGGGUGACCUUGAUGAUAUCACACGGAUGUUCGACGCUAUUGGGGAGGACUUUCGAUCCUAUUACCCCAAGUCUGAUGAUUGGUCCACUCGCAAAAGGGCAUUAAAACUACUCCGAUGGCUACGCGCUCUUGACUUUACUGGCAUGCGAAAUCCAGAGCAGAAUUAUCGCAAUUUGAGAAACUGCUUGAUCGGCCAAGCGCUGCGUCAUCCGGACCACGAGUCUAUCCCACUUAUUUCCACUGCCAUCUUCUGCUGCGUGGCAGCGCGGGUUGGCAUCGACGCCCGGUGCUGUGCAUUUCCAACCCAUGUCCACGCCAUUGUGUACCCGCCGGAUGGGCAUACCUUGGACGACGAAGUCGUGGGUGACUCAGAGACGGCGCCCGAGCGCAUGUUCCUUGAUCCGUAUGGUAGCGACGAUGAGAUUCCACUAUCUCAUCUGCGGAUGACGUUGGCACGCCUAGGCCUUCAGCAACACAACGACCUCUUCCUUGCCCCUGUCUUGGCACCAACAAUGGCGAUGCGAACAGCGCAGAAUAUAAGGGCCACCGUGGCGAGGAUAUCAGACCUGCAGGAACACGCACAUCCUGAACUCAGCCAGCUGCUGCACGGGAAUAACAGAAUGAAUGCUGACGCCUGCCUCUAUGCUGCGUCGUGGGCCACGCUGUUAUUGAUGCCCCCCAAUAACACGACGUGGCUUGAGCGGUUAGCCAAGUUCCUUCGUCGAUUUCCCGGAGCCUGGCCAGAGGAUGUCUGGAUGGUUGAGAAAUAUCUUUGGCCGUUGUACAGCAGUGUCAUCAACCCGAGGGACGGGUUUCCCCGCAACAUCGAUGCGGGCUUCGGCAACCCUUGGCAGUAUUGGCAAUUCGUUCGAGAUGCAGAUGGCAUGGCACCUCUGGUACACCGAAGGGACCUCUGCGAUGAUCCAAGAGGCCCCCCGUUCUAUAUCGGCCAAGUGUUCCGGCAUCGUCGAUACGGCUGGCUUGGCGCCAUUACCAGUUGGCAUGAAAGAGGCUCGCAUCAGUCAAGUUUACCAGGUCGUGCUCGGGACGAAGCUUCUCAUCAGAGGCCCACAAACUCUCACUACUCUCUUUGUUUCAUGUGCAUAACGGAAACGGAGCCCGAGCAGCAUGUGGUGGCCCUGCGCAAUGUCGAACUCAUAUCUGACCCGUCCUUGAUCAAAGAGGACAUGUUUCCCAUGGCCGGGAAGUUUUUCAAGAGGUUCGACCCCGAUACCUGCAGGUUCAUUUCCAAUAUUCGAGAGGAAUACCCGCUUGAUUAG